AGAGACUUUGAAUGAUAAGACAAUGUCAGACGUCAAUCACAUGCCUCACCCAAAACGACGUCCGAUGGUCACUCCACAAAGUACACAGUACAAUCGCACACGGACAAUAGUAGGACUACGCUAGACGUGUAUUUGGUAUAUUUCAACUUUAACUGAUAAGCCAAUUCAUGCUUAAAAACAAAACAAAACAACAAAACAAGCAAACCAUCCGACUGACGGAUUCGAAUUGUUCUAUAUGUCUAGUUCACAACUAUCAAUGGAUUACAUUUGGAAGUGAACUCGGAUUAAAAGCUUCACAUUCUUAUUGAGUCCUAGUUAAUGACUGCCAACAGGCGCCAGUGCUGGUACAGACGUUAAUUAAUAUAAUACAAGAAAUGAAGCACUAACGAAAGACUGCAACAAGAUUGAACGGAGUCUCAACACUUAGUUAAAUAUACGUUUAUGUCUUGGUCUUUUUUGUUGACAACUUGCAUGACUCUAGAGAUGACCGAAAAGCUAUCACACAAGACUGCAGUAUUAAUUGUGACUGUGGUGACGUAUGCAGUGACCACAUGGUGCCAGGAGUCUAUAGCCACAACAAAAGCACCAAGGCAAAAGGCUCAGUUGGUCAAAGACUAUGACUACAUAGACACUGGUGUAGGCUAUGGACUAAACAAACUACGAGAUAUUGCAGCACCCACAAACUCGGGGCUGCCGAGGUCUCAAGGUUCUAGCUCCAAAACAGACUCCAUAACUUUGGGAGAGAAAUACGAGUGGUUAGUGGAUAGGCUGAGGUCAAUCAAACACAGAGGCUCCCCAGAGAUGAUGGACGAGCUACAGAGGCUUUUUCCGGAGCUGAACAUCACCAAAGUAUACAACUCUCUCAGUCCUCCGCUCAGACAGAACUACGAGCAGCCAAGGAAAGCAUGGCGCAGUAACACUUCGCGUCUGAAAGAAGAGGACGAGAUGGAGGGUCACUGGGUCAACGGAACUCUUCAACCGGGAGAAGGCCCGGAGAGGGACGAUGCCUACUACUACAACGGCACCUGGUACCCAGGAGUCAGAGAAGUGGAAGAUGGGCAUUACGUCAACGGGACGUGGUACCCGGCGCCCGGCGAGGCGGAUGAAGGUCACAUGGUGAACGGCACCUGGCGUGAAGAAAAGGAAGAAGAGGGUAAGGAGGAGGAAAACGAAACGGAAGAACUCAUGUGGUGGCAGCUUCACCACCCGAAAUGGAGAGAAGGUGAAAAAGAGGCCCAUCAUCACAAAUCAACCGAAAAUGAACAACAACAGCAGGAGAAAAACUCAAAUUCACCAAACCCAAUUUUCGCACCUGUUCCAAUGAAUAUAGACACAUACACAAAUCAAAAUCUCCCCCGUCGCCCUUCGUCCUCGCCGCAAUAUCAGCGACCGCAGUCACAACCCUUUCAUCAACAUUCACCGAACCCGCAGCCCCGAGUUCAAAUCCCCUUGGUAAAAGAUCCUGCCGCCCCUUCAUUCAUCGAAAACAAGCCUCUCCAGUCAAAAAUGAUGGGCAACUCUGGACCGGAACCACUCGUUCAAAUGGAAAGAGUGCCGAUACACUCUAAACCAAAUGUAGACACUGUGUUAAAAGAAACGUCUUUAAUAGACACCAACUUGCACAAGCAAUACGGGAUGUCCUCCACGAUGACCUGGGGGAUCGUCAUUGCCUGUUUCAUCGCUUUCACAUUCAUCCUGGCACCCUUGGGUUGCAUUCUGUACAAAUAUCGUAUGGAAAAAAGAAUCAAGAAGAGGACGUUUCUGAAACGUCCGGAGCACGGGUCAGUGGACGAAGGGAUCAUGGACGCUAUGGUGAUGUCCGAGCUUGGAGAGACGAACAACUCCAGGAUCAAGAUGAUCGGCAAGAAACCCAGCCCCAGGACAGCGCGUCACGAUAGGUCACAACAACCUAACAGCAGGCGUGGUUCGUCAACCUCCACGAUUUCUUCCAGAUUGAGAUCUGAACGCAGGCCGCUCACAAUGAUGGAACUUGGAGACGGUCCAGAAAUUUUAAUAGUAUAAGAUCUCAUUGAAAUGAGCUUUUGAAACAAUUAUUCUAAUAUCCUAUAACGCAUACAUAGAACUAUACAUAACAAAAGAAAUAUAACAGAAAAAAAGAAAUAAAAAGACAAAAAUCCUCGACCAAUUGUUAAAUCGAUGUUUCAAAUUGUGUUCGUACAAUAAUAUAAGUGUAUUUAAGGUCUACUAAACUGACGAAUCUGGCACUAAACCAUUGUGUUGAGUUUAUACUUUAUUGUAAUAACGCCCCGCCCCGCCCUAUAAAAAAAAGAAUUGUAUUAGCUGGUUGUUGCCGAUGUUCUAUUGUUUUAGUUUCGAACACAAAUGGCAAUACGGUCAACAACUACAUGGAAAACACAGAGGACUGCUCAUUAUAAGAAACCCAGCAUUAAUAGAACUAUUACUAGAAGUCUAAUUACGUUUGCAGCAAUCAAGACGGGACCAUCCUGAAGUUUGGGAGGGAUUUUCAUAUCGGCUUCAUGAUGUUUGCGCCGCCGGUGGUGGUCACAUUGGGCAAAGCAUGAAAUGAAAACUUGAAAUUUGAAUACAGCACUUUUUGGUGGGUUAGUAUAGCGCAAUGAUUUUUACGUUUACUAAAUAUCACUGACUAAUAUUCUUUGUUUUAAAAAAAGGAUCAAUUUUAUGUAACCCUCAAAGUUAUUUUAGUUUGUGACAAAGACUAGAUCUAUGGUGACCACAUAUAAAAAAGCAGAUAGAGAUAGGAAACCCUAACAGGAAGCAGGAACAUAAAGCUACUUAUAGUUUAGGCUGCAUUGAGGUGUCAAAACGAGUCAACGCCCCACGAGGGAGCGUUCAUUUUUUUUUUUUAAAUUUUACAUCACGACCACGAUAAUUGCUUGUGUAUCUCAUAGUAAGUAAACCGAAGGGGUUCUCAUUCUAUACUGUAUGACAUCAAAGCGAUAUACCCUUCACACAAGCCAUUCCCCUUAGCUUCCCACGCUAGGACAACUUCAAAGGCCAAAGAUAUACAAACCAGACACCAUUCCCAAUGUAUCAACUACACAAGCGUGCACAUAAGUCCGUUUGUUACCCUAACAAUGAUGUACGAUGAUCUGCGAGAACUAGUCCAAGUUAAAGACAGAUUAAAUACAAAAGUCUCUCGAAACCACUGUUUGAACUAUAAAUAAAAAAAAGAGCAGGGAGGGUACUCUGAUAAGUGAUCCAAGAAUAAGAAGA